GAAUUAUCAAUGCAUCCAUUUUGCAAACUGACCAUUGGCAAUUAACGGUGUCACCCACAAGUACGAAGACACGCUUUCUUUAACUUCUCGUGACAAAACGAUGUGCUCAAAUAGUGUGACAAUGCUAGAAAACGACGACAGCAUUUAUACUUUUAAACUCAUUAGCAAUAUGACGACGGGAAUUGUCAGUUGUGCAUUAGGUGCGAGAAAAGGGCCAGUGAUGAAAAUAGUGAUUAUAAUAGCAGGCUCCUUUCUGCUUCUGCUAACGAUAGUUUAUACGACAGUUUACGCUUUGCACAGCGGCGAAACCACCCCCAAAAAUCGUACACUUGCAGAGAAAUUGGUGUCAAUCGAGAAGCAAGUGAUCGAAGCUCUACCUGCGCGACCUUUCAUCAACGAUUUGAGAGGAGACUCGCCCUCCAGCUUUUCCCAAACGACACCAAUCUACCCAGAAAAUCACAGAUAUCCGGGCCGACCCAACAACAUACUGGACAUCAUCAACUACAUCACCAACACUGCGCACAGACAAAAGCAGCGGAUCAAAGAACAGUUCCCUCAAGAUCCGUUCUUCGCGUUCAAACCUCAAGAUCCGAGCGACAUCAAUCUUUUGGCGCCGAACAGUUUCCGUUUCGGACCGGCGAUCGUCCCGAAACCCGCGAAGAAGGGCGUUAAAGCCGAAGAGAGCGAGAUGCGUAACUUUUCGCUGACGUACAUGAAACCCCUUAAAGUCACAUUAAACAUUUAUCCCUCGGGCGACAAAAACCUGGGCUUCCAAGGACCUGGUGUAACCCCACGCUACAGGUAUCAGCACGAUAAACCGGGGAAGAUGGUCGUACAUAUGAAUUUAUACCCAAAAUUAACCGAUCGCAACAGACAUAUAUUUCCACAUGACGACUACCAACACCCAGCCAAUGGUUUUGCUAAUAUUUUUUAAUCAAGUUCAGUUUUAGUGCAGUGAACAAUUAAGAUGCCACUGAUUCGGCCGAAGAUGUUUUAGCCUUAUAUUUAAAGAGUCUAUUCGUUGGUCUGCCUUAACUUACUGGUGGAAAUGCAGAAAUUAAAAAAAUGAUAUUAGAUGAUCUAUUUUUAAAAUUUGCCCAAAAGCGUCAUCAC